AAUCUUUCGGUAUCAACGACACCAGGGCACCGUUCUUUGUUCUUGACAGAUCGAUCCAAACAGAGAAACCAUGCAGCUGCAAAUAACUCGGAACUACUCUUGCUAAAUAAGGGGCGAAUCACUCCCCUUUCCACUCUUCAGUACCCGGUUUCUAUUUUGUUUCUCCAAUUCCCCCCAUGCACUCGUCCGUUGCCGGUCAACCCACACACCCGAACCGACAACUCGCGACUUAUAAGUGACGACAAUCAACAACCACCACCACACCACAUACACCCACGCUUGUGUCAGCCGCCCCCAAGCCGCCUGAGCCUCACAACACACACACACACACACACACACACACACACAUUCCAUGACCGCUUUUUUGUCAACACCAUCAACAAGACAUAUAUAACAAGAUACGACGUUAUCCCAUCUUGUCUCAUCUGUCUACGAAAACAUUCAUCACAUCAUACAGUUAGCCAAAAUGGAUACUCUUCCCGCUGAACUGCUUCGACUCAUCUUCGACAACUGCGACCCACCAUCGGUACGAGCCCUCCGUCUCACUUGCGGUCGGCUAGCCGACGUAGGAUACGACUACCUGCUCCCACCAUCCUUCCGGGCCGUGGAAUGGAAGGACGACGUCCAACGGUUACAUUCGAUCGCCCACCACGACCGCCUCAACCGGUCCAUCAGCUCCAUCACCUUCAACUUCUCCAAAGUUGACGAGUACAGCGCCCGCCAUGCCUCCUUCUUCCAACACUGGCUGCAAGAGCCCGAAGAGCGGUCCAUUCUCCUCCAAGAUGCCUGGAUCAAGUACUACGAGCUCGAAGGCAAAGCCCGCGACCUUCCACCGUUUCACACCCGCUCCGCCAUGGUCGAGGAGUCCUUCAAGCGCCUGCCUAACCUCAAGGACCUCGAGAUCACCUACACCAAAUGCCCCUACGACAUUGAAGUCUUCAAGGACGUCUUUCUGGUGCGCAACUGCCGCAAGCGCGAUCCCACCUUCCGCGCGCAGACGUGCAAGAACAUGAACGCCAUCAUCUCCGCCGUGCGACAUGUCUCCCUCAACAGCCUCACCAUCGACCAGCUCCCGCUCGAAAUCUUCCGCCUCCCCGACGACCGUCGCCACUGGUUCGACUGCUGCGCCUCCUCCUUCUCGUCCCUUUCCAAGCUGGACCUGACCAUCGACCCGCCAGCAAACCUGAUGCCCCAGUCCCGCUUCAAGGCCAUCAACGGCCUCGGCCAUGUCCUUCAGCUCUCCCCCAACUUGACCCACCUCAGCCUAUCCUUCCACACUUACCACGCCCCAAUGCAAAAAUUCGGCUUUUCUUUCCGCGCUCUUCUCCAGGACUUCACCUUUACCAAACUCACCUCCCUCAAACUCGAAGGCGUCUCCUGCUCCGAAGAAGAUCUGCGCUCGUUCUUGCUGCGCCACGCCAAGACUCUCGAACGCUUGCGCCUGGGAGGCCGCGGGCUGGCUAAGCCUUAUGAACUUUCCAUUGGCGGCGUGCAUCUCCACGAGGGGUCAUUCCGCAGUCUGUUCGCUUCCCUGCAAGGAAAACUGCCGAAGCUGCAGCGCCUCCAUUUGGAAGGGGAUCUCGAAGCCGGCGAUAUUAGGACUGGCGCCAGAGCAAGGGAGACGUUCAAGUUCCAUGCCAGCGUGGAUGAGAACUGGGAGGACAUGGAUGGUCUAGACCAUUUCGGCAGUAGGAGGGUCGUGCAAGAGGGGAAGACGAUGGAUUCCAGCGCUUUGGAGAGGUAUCUGAUUCAUGGCGGGCCAUUCCCGAAGUUGGUGGUCCCUGACGCGGCGUCGGCGUCGGCGUCGACGGCUAGCUCGGAGGGUAGCCCUAGCCCGAGCCCGGAACUUGGCCCUGUGAGCGGCGGUCCGGGAAUGGCUGCGACGCCGGCGACGGCUAUUGCUGUUUGA